GGAUCCGUUUCAGUCACAGUUCGAUCUUGGCUUCUUGGCACGCACAGCGGGUGCUGAGAAACUAGAGACCACCCUUUCGUCCUUUUUGUUUCCGCCGUCUGUGCUGCUUGUUUUCCCCCCCAUCGGCACCAUUUACACAGCGCACCGUUUCCUAGUGCAGGAGAGUGAAUAUAGUUCUGGUGUGUUUGCAGUGGGCCAGUGUUUGCUUGUGCAAAAUAGCGGAUUUACCUACGUAUACGAGCAAGAUGAUGCUGUUUGUAGUAGCAUCAGCGUUGAUCGCCCUUAGCCAGGUCGAUGCAGUGAAUGUGGCUACCUCGUACAGCGUGGUCCACCACGAUCAACCGGCCGCACAGCCCCGUCUGCUGCAGAAGUCGUCCCACGUGUACGCACCGUCCGCUCACGUCGUUUCUGCCAGCCACUCUUACAGCCAUGCUGCCGCCCCACACUACGCCCCACUGGUCAGCAAAACCCGCUACACCGUUCCAUUUCUGAGCGCACUGCAGGCUCAACCGCAGUGUCCGGCACCGCCGACCUGCAUCAAGUCGCGCUACCGUACACUGGACGGUUCGUGCAACAACCUGCAGAACCCGACCUGGGGCACCCCGAACCGUCGCUAUGGUCGUCUGCUGACGCCGAAGUACGGUGAUGGCAUUUCUCUGCCAACCGUUUCCGUUACCGGACAGGAGCUUCCGAACUCGCGUGUUGUGUCGCUGGUUGCGUUCGGCGAACAGGACAUCCCGGAUCCGGAGUACACUCUCGCCAACAUGCAGUGGGGACAGAUCAUGACGCACGAUAUGAGCAUGCAGGCCGGUGGUACCCAGUCGAAGAAACACCCGACCAGAUGUUGUACCGAUGAUGGCAAGCUGAUUGGCAAGGAGCGCGCCCCGAGCAGCUGUUACCCGAUCAUCGUCCCGGAGCACGAUCCAGCUCACUCGCAGACCGAAACCGAAUGUAUCAACUUUGUCCGCACGCUGACCGAUCGCGAAGAUCAGUGCACACCGACCCACCCGAGCCAGCCGGCCGAACAGCUAACGACUGUCACCUCCUAUCUGGAUCUGUCCCUCGUGUACGGUAACUCCGAUCAGCAGAAUGCUGGCAUCCGUGCCUUCACCGGCGGACGUAUGGCAGUGGUCGAACGUGACGGAUAUGAAUGGCCACCGAACAACCCGAACGCCACCACCGAGUGCGAGAACGAGUCGCGCGACGAGGUUUGCUAUCUGGCGGGAGAUUCGCGCGUGAACCAGAACCCGGGACUGACGAUCAUGCAGAUCAUUCUGCUGCGCGAGCAUAACCGUCUGGCCGAUCAGCUGCAGAAGUACAACCCGCACUGGGACGAUGAGCUGCUGUUCCAGGAAGCGCGCCGCAUCAACAUUGCCCAGUACCAGCACAUCAACUACUACGAGUGGCUGCCAAUCUUCCUCGGCUGGGAGAACAUGGUCAAGAACCGUCUGAUCUACCGUGUGAAGGGUGGCGAGUACAUCAACGACUACGACCCAAGCCAGGAUCCCUCGGUGCUGAACUCGCACGCUACUGCCGCCUUCCGUUACUUCCACUCGCAGAUUGAAGGACGUCUUGAUUUGGUAUCGGAGAUCCGCAAGCCAACUGGUUCGCUGCGUCUGAGCGACUGGUUCAACCGUCCCUCGAUCAUUGAAGCCGGCGAUAACUACGACUUCCUGACGCGCGGUCUUGCCACUCAGCCCGAGGAACUCACCGACACGAACUUCGACGCCGAGAUCAAGCACUUCCUGUUCCGUCGUGGACGUCCGUUCGGUGGUGAUCUGCGUGCUAUCGACAUUCAGCGCAACCGUGACCAUGGUCUGGCUGGCUACAACGAUUACCGUGAGUUCUGCGGAUUCAAGCGCGCCUCCACCUGGGAAGAUCUGAUGGAUCUGAUUUCGCCACAGGACGUUUCGAAGCUGCAGUCGCUGUACGCUAGCAUUGACGAUAUCGAUCUAACGGUCGGUGGUUCGCUGGAGGCUCACGUCAACGGUGCCCUUGCCGGACCGACCUUCCUGUGCAUUCUGACCGAACAGUUCUACCGCACGCGUGUUGCCGAUCGGUUCUUCUACGAGCGCGGCGAUAAGGAUCUGGCCUUCACCCGCGAACAGUUGGCCGAACUGCGCAAGGCUAGCAUGGCCCGCCUGUUCUGCGACAACGGUAACCACGUGGCGUCCAUGCAGCCAAAGGCGUUCCUGCGAAUUUCCCACAGCAAUCAGGUGGUGCCCUGCCAGCAGAUCCCGGAGGUUGAUCUGUCGCUGUGGAAGGAUCUGUCGUACGACAACAGCCUGAACUCGUUCCACUAUUUCCACAACUACAAGAAAUAGGAGCGUCGAAGCUGAAGAUGAACGCGAAAGAGUGUAGUUCCGCCGCGCACCAACUCACCUCUCAUGCACACGUUUUCUGCACACCUCGCACCCACUUUUCUGACCGGGUGCCUAUCGCACCUGUUGGCCUCACUAUAGCAGUGCGAUCAAAGCGUUUCGCAUGGUUCGUUAGAAUGGGUAUGCGUGUGUGUGUUUUCGUUUUUUUUUUUUUGUUUUGGCCAGCGCUCUCUUACACCCUCUCUCACCCCCCUUUCAUCCCCCUAAAAAAAAUCGUUGUGCGCAAAAGCGGUUUACGCAACUGUUCGCACGGGGAAGGCACGCUUUUUGAGUGAUAUUGCAUGUAGCGAAAAAUCUAAAAUACUCUUCUCUUAGUGCACAUGAUCGUUGAUACACACUAUCGGUAUCUCGGACCGCGCAUCCAUGAUCGACACUGCAUAUUUUGUGCACUAAUCCCAGCAUUCACCAUCACCUGCCCAGAUAGCAAUCCGUGGUCGUGCUGCAUCGUCGUGUGACAUUUUCUCAUCUUUUUCUUGUUGGAAUGCCCUCCCACCCGUUGCAGCACGCGCCCUGGUCCCCGGCUCCUCAACAGUCACGCAUUUUCGCACCCUCUCCCAAUACCAAACAAUCGAUUGCCAGUGUGUGUAAGUUAGAAGAAAGUCCACUUAAAUAGGAACCUUGUCGUCGGUUUUGUUUGUAUUUGUUUUGCCAUAUUCGUUUUUCCCGGUCACCAGAUAUGCUGAUCGCGCCGGUUCAGGUUGCAAUUCCGCUCCGCAAAAAUGUGCACAGUGUUUGCUAUUAUGAGUUUUUUUUUAUUGUUGUUGUUUUCAAACGAUCACAUAUUUAUCGUGCAUCAUUUAUUUAGCAAUCAAAACAGCAUCCAACGUAAACGUUUGACAAAAAAUCGAGCAGACUCCAAUCGAUCGAAAAGGAAAAUACUGAACACUACUCACGCUAGACUCCAUACAACUUUUUUCCAGAAAGGAACUGAUUAUCUACUGAUCACAUUCUCUCAUCCACACCUCUCCGUACUUCUUCAUCACAUUUCUUCAAAACCCCUUCGUCCUAGUGUAGUGGUAAAACGAAAUAGUGUUAUUUAAAAAAACAAAUGAAAUUAUAUUAGCUGUAGCUGUAUGUUGUUUUGUGAAUAAAGUUUCCUAACUUAAAUUUAUAAAAAUGAAA